AUGCCACAAGACGAAUUUGACAAGCAGAAAACCGGUCUUAUUACCCGAUUGCUCGAGAAACCGAAAACUCUGGGAGCACGAUCGAGACGCUUUUGGAAUGAGAUAGAUUGCAGGCAGUAUGAUUUCGACAGGAAUAAUUCCGAAGUGGAAGUCUUGAAAACGGUCACCAAAGAAGAUCUCCUCUCUUAUUUCGAUCUCAAAUUCACCAGAAAUGCUCCUGAGCGGCGUAAGAUUGCUGUAUUCGUGCACGGUAAAGGCGAGCAGAGGGACGGAAUGGUGGAGAAAUCGAGAGCGAAGAGGGAAAUUGCUGGCAAAGAUAAACUGGAAGAGGUCGAAUGUAUGGAACAGUUCCGAGAGUCAUUAUCGCUUUAUGGUCGCCCACGGCCCAAGAUGAAUCUGCCGCCGAUUGGAGCUGAACCGUUGUCGUCUUUAGCAGCUGGAGAUGCGAAGGCGAAGUACUGA